UUUCAAACGAUUCCUUCCUUUUCGAGCUUAGAGAGAGAGGGAGGGAGAGGGAGAGGGAGAGAAGGAGCGGGGGGAAAUGCUGAGUAACUGUGAGAAGACCAUGCUUGUCAUCCCUUCAACCGCUAACGAAUGGACACAGGAUCAGAUGAUAGAUGAGAAGCGCUUGAACAACAGUAUGGCUUCAACAGGUAGUCCGCUCAUGGAAAAAAACACACCACCCCAACAACAGCAGCAGCAACUUCAACCUCUGAAAUGUCCUAGAUGUGAUUCCUCCAACACCAAGUUCUGCUACUACAACAACUACAGCUUGUCCCAGCCCAGGCACUUCUGCAAGGCCUGCAAGCGAUACUGGACCCGUGGUGGAACCCUAAGGAAUGUCCCUGUCGGCGGUGGCUGCCGCAAGAACAAGCGCGUCAAGCGCCCUGCCUCGGCCUCAGCCACCGACACGGCUCCUUCUUCUUCCGCUAGUGCUACAUCAGAUCAUCAUCCCCCUCCUCAUAAGACCCACAUGGAGAAUCUCUCCUCAAGUUGCUCUAACCACAACAGCAACCCCAUGAAUUUGGGCCCUUUGUUUUAUGGUAACCCAGCUGAUCAAAUGAGCAAUAAUCUUGCAUUUCCUAGGCUCACUUCUUCUUCUUCUCUGUAUGAUCUGCAUCCUCAGUUGAGUGCUCUCGGGCUAGGGUUUUCGUCAUCUGCGAUCAUCCCUGCAAAUUCUUGUGCAGACACCAGCAGUUUGCAAGAAGGGUUUAAUGCUAAUAAUGCCUCAGGCCUCAAUGUUCAAGAUUUGGCCCAAAUCACGAACCCACUUCUUCUUCCAAGCUAUAGUUCCAUGUUUGGCACUUCUUCAUCACCAUCAUCUUCCUCUUCUUGUUCCACCACCACCACCAUCGCUUCUCUGCUUGCAUCUAGCUUUCACCAUCAGCAGCAGAAAUUCAUCAAUGCCUCAGGCCUGAGAGAAUCUAGAGCACUAGUCCAUAAUAAUUUCAAGCCUAUGUCUCCAGUGGAAGAGUUUCAAGGGCUUCGUAGCAACAGUGAAGUCAGGAUUGAAGGAGGCCAAAGCAGAAAUAUAGGGUGGAAUGGGAGUAUUCCGUGCCAGAACCCGGUGGAUCAAAUCGGGCUAUCGGCCGAUCCAGGAUCGAUUUGUUGGAGCUCAUUAAAUGUGGGCAAUUCUUGGCAUGAUCCCACUAGUAUUGGUCUUCAUCAGUCCCUUCUUUGAUCUAGCCCAGAGAAAAAAAGAAAGUAAAAAAUAUUCAUUCUUCAGCUACACAUCUCCCUCUCUCUUUCUUAGUGAUCUUGGGCUUCUUUCAGCUUAUGAAACUACCCUAACUAGGUGUGUGAGUUCCUUCUGAGUUUUUCUUCUUUUCUUUUCUUGGUUCAUGGUUUGGAGGGGUUUUUCUAGGAAAAUGGGUAAAGGAGAAAAAAAAAAUAUAUGAAGAAUGUGAAGUGAUUUGUAAUGAGAGAAGCUUGGAUCGGAGCGAUCAUGUCAGCUGCAAAAGGAAAAAUAAGAGGAGGAGAAAUUUCAGCCUGUUUGGUUUUAUCAGUCGCAGGUUGAGAGAGAAAAAUCAUCCUUAUUGCGCUGAGAGGAACCUCGGAUCCUCUUCAUGUCUCAUCAUCGUCAACACCAUCAUCAUCAUCACUUUGGGGCUGCUGGGAAUUUCUUGAAGAAAGGACCUUUGGCUUUUGCAUCUUUUUAUCUAGUGCUGUAAGUUGGUCAUUGGUGUUUCCUUUUUCUUUUGAUGUUUCUCUACGUGUAUAUACAUUUGCAUGACUUAAUUUGCACUUUAUUCCUAGCCUUUGGGAAACUUAAAUUGGAGGUAUACAAUGUCUUCAAUGGGAUCAUUGAACUAAUCUAUUUAGUUUCUUUAUUUUGCUUUUGGGGAAUUUUCCUUUUGGAGUGAGAAGAGUUGGGUAUAGUAGCAUAGAAAAGAGGGAGAUUGUUUCUUAUUUGCAAUGUGAACCGUUCCUUUUAUGCGAUGGAUCAUGCCGUUAUAUAUAUAUAUUUUUUUU